AUGGCCCCCUUGGCUCAGAUCCUGGCACUGCUGGCAAUGACCGUGGCCACUGCAGCCAUCAAGGUGGUGCCCCUGGACAUGGCACAGAACUCCUUUGAUGACCAGUACCUCAACUGUGGCCCUGCCAUGACUGAGGCCCUGCCGGGCCUCAACGGCUCCGAGUUCCAGGAGAACAAGGAGUUUUCCCAGGCCUGGGUGAAGGCCACGGCCGAGUGGCAGAAGCGGAGCUCUUCUUCAUCGCCUCUGUCCCCAGCCCAGGCCAUCGCCCUCAUGGCCUACACGAUGCUGGACGUGCACAAGCAGUUCAACCCAGCCGUGCGUGAGGCUGGGCGCUCCCGCCAGGAAUACCGGGACAAGUUCCACUUCAAAACACUGCAUUUCCUGCUGACCCAGGCCCUCCAGAAGCUGAGACGUCCCGAUGAGUGUCCAGAUGUGUUCCGUGGGGUGAGGACGGUCCAGUUCAAUGUGACACCUGGUGACAAAGUCCGCUUUGGUCAAUUCGCUUCGUCAUCGCUGGACAGAACAGUGGCCCAGGGUUAUGGGACAGACACAAUGUUUGAGGUGCACACGUGCCAUGGAGCCGACAUCCACAACUUCUCCUUCAAUGAAAGCGAGAAGGAGGUGCUGAUCCCACCCUUCGAGACCUUUGAGGUCACCAAAGUCACCAGGGAAGGGAAGAAGGUGCAGAUUGAGUUUCGCUCCACUGGGAACUCCAGCAAGUACAACUGCGAGUGGCUGCGAGGUGGGAGCCUCCCCAGGAACUCACUCCACCUUGGGGGGCUUCUCCUGGCUACCAUGGCCAUGGCAGUGGCCAUGGGAACCCUCUGA